AAUCCGCCGCCGCGCCCUGCAGGAAGGAAGCACGAGAAAACCCUAACCCACCCACGCGCUCCCCAGCUCUCCCACCACCGCCGCCGCCGCCUCGCCCGCUCCGGCCGCCACCGAACCGCUGCUCGCGGGCGCGCGGGGAUGGAGAACCCCGACGCGCAAGCGGGAGCCGACGCGGGGCUCCCCCCGCCCCCGCCGCCGCCCUUGGACGCCGGCCUGGGCAGCGACCCGGCCGAGGUCCUCCCCCCGCCGCCCCCGCUCCUCCCGGGCGUCGCCCCGUACGACGCCGCGCAGGGAGCCGGCGGAUCCGCGCACCCCGCCGAGCACGCCUCGCUGAACGGCACCUCCGGCGAGACGGCGGGCUACCAGGCCGCGGAGAACGGCGCCGCCGCCGACCCCAUGGUCCCCGAGCAGGCGUACGAGGAUGCCAUGGCUUCGGCGGAAGAGGCCAGGUUGUGGGGUGUCGUCACCGCCGACUGCUUGGACUUCGAUGCUUGGACCGCGCUCAUCGAGGAGACCGAGAGGAUCGCCGAGAGCAACAUAGUGAAGAUACGCAAAGUGUAUGAUGCAUUUCUUGCCGAGUUCCCUCUGUGCUUUGGCUAUUGGAAGAAAUAUGCUGAUCAUGAAGGCCGCCUUGACGGUGUCAAUAAAGUUUUUGAGGUUUAUGAACGGGCAGUUCUUGCAGUUACUUAUUCAGUGGACAUAUGGUGUAAUUAUUGCCAGUUUGCGAUUUCAACAUACAACGACCCAGAUGUCAUCAGAAGGCUGUUUGAUCGGGGUUUGGCAUAUGUUGGAACAGAUUAUCGUUCCAAUACUUUGUGGGAUGAGUACAUCAAGUAUGAAGAAUCACUUCAAGCAUGGAAUCAUCUAGCUGCGGUAUACACAAGAAUUUUAGAGCACCCUAUACAGCAGCUUGAUCGGUACUUUAAUUGCUUGAAGGAGUUGACUGCAACACGGAGCCUGUCAGAAAUACUUACUGCUGAGGAAACUUCCAUGUAUUGUCUUACUGUUGAGAAUAGUGCUCCGGUCAUUGACGGGGAGGCACAUCCUAAUGAUGUAGAAAAAACUGCAGAGCCUGAAGUUUCAUCUUCAACCGAAGCAGAGGACAAGGCAAAGUAUGUUUCCAUUAGAGAAGAGUUGUAUAAGAAGGCCAAAGAGUAUGAAUCUAAGAUUAUUAGUUUUGAGCAAGCUAUUAGAAGACCAUACUUUCAUGUCAAGCCUCUUGAUAAACCAGAGCUUGAAAAUUGGCACAGCUAUCUUGAUUUUAUGGAGAGGGAAGAAGACAUUAAUAAGGUUAUCAAGUUAUACGAAAGAUGUGUUAUUGCGUGUGCUAGCUAUUCAGAAUUCUGGAUCCGCUAUGUGCAAUGCAUGGAGGAUAGACAAAGCCUAGAACUAGCGAACAAUGCUCUUGCUCGUGCAACUCACGUGUUUGUCAAGAAGCAGACAGAGAUCCAUCUGUUCAAUGCAAGAUUCAAAGAGCUUAAUGGUGAUACUGAUGGAGCACGUGCAGAAUAUCAACAUCUCCACUCAUUGUUAUAUCCUGGCCUACUUGAAGCCAUUGUGAAGCAUGCUAAUAUGGAGCACCGGCUGGGAGAUAAGGAAUCUGCUUGUUUAGUUUAUGAGAAAGCCAUUGCUGCCGAAAAGGAAAAGGAGCAGAGCCAGUUUUUACCAAUGCUACUGAUUCAGUACUCACGUUUCUUAUAUAUGAUCUGUGACUUGGAAAAGGCAAGGGAGGUCUCAGGUGGAUUACACGGGCUAGUUAACAUGACUAAACCAGUUCUUGAGGCUGUCAUCUUUCUCGAGUCGAUCUUUCAGUCUGAGAAGCGAAUUGAUUUGUUAGAAUCACUGGUGGAGAAGUUUCUUACAACUGAGCAGACUCAAGGGGAGCUGGCAAGCUUAAACGACAAAGAGGAAUUAUCUUCCAUAUAUUUAGAGUUUUUGGAUACCUUUGGGGAUAUACAGUUGAUCAAGAAGGCUACAACUCGACAUACUAUUCUAUUUUCACGUAAAAGGAGCAUUCUGCCAUCAAAGAAACGAAGAGCCGAUGAUGCUGUUAUGUCUGGUAGAGAUAAAAUGGCUAAAACCGGAGAUGGCACCCAACCAGUCAUGGGAACUGAUCCAAAUGCUCAUAAUCCUGCAGUUUGGCCUGCGACUUCUGAAGCAUCAGCGCAGCAAUGGGGGGCUGCUUACGCACAACAGGCUGCUUAUCCUGCAUAUGGAGCUUACGACUACAGCCAGCAAAUGCCCCAAUCUGCUCCUCAAGCAGCCGCUUAUGGUGCCUAUCCUCCCACAUACCCUGCCCAGGCCUACCCGCAGCAGAGCUACGCACAACCUGCAGCGAUGCCCGUGGCAGCACCAGUGCCCACCCCAGCACAGGCGCCGGCACCUGCAGCAGCUUACCCUCAGCAACCUGCUGUGGCUGCCGCCCCCCAAGCUUACUAUGGCAGCGCCGCCACGUACUACUGAUUUCUAGAUUGGUGUUGUCAACGCAUGGGCAUGUGUACCUACGCAGCUGCCUUCCAUCGCGAAAGGCAUCCACAUAGCUUGUAAACCCCUGUGUUAUCGUUUGCAUUGGCAGGCAGGUUUUUUGGCAGCAGCAGGCCAAAGAAGGAAGACCUGGAUUGCGAGACCCUUUUUUGUUUGUCCGGUCGAGGUGUAACUAGAGUAUUCGGUCAGAUGCUAUUUGCAGCAGCUGCAGUUGUAAUGCGUCCCAGAUCUAAGAUCUGUAUAGGAUCUUCCUUUACUCAUGCAUGCAUGUUACUAGGAAUCA